AUGGGGUGGGAGACAAGUCCAGCCUAUGGCUGGGUGGCCUCAGUGGUCAACAGAGCCAGCAAUGUGUCCCACACUGUGGUUCUACGGCCUCUCAAGGCUGGGUACUUCACCUCUGCCACCAUCACGUACCUGGCACAGGAGGGUGCCCAGGUGGUGGUUGGCUUCACCAGUGCUCCCGGGCAGGGAGGAAUCCUGGCUCAGCGUGACUUCGACAGGAGGUUCUCCCCUCACUUUGUGAGUACCUUUCAACUGACAGUGGAAAAGUGCACCACGGCAGCUGCAGCUCAGCGUGGCGGCUUCCUGCUCACCCAGGCCUGGCAGGCAGAGCAGGUGAGUGCCCCAGGCACAGGUGACGUGCUCCCCUGCCACCGUCCCUGUCCCCAGACUGGCAAAGGGGCAGAGACCCUGGAUGUGGGGGGUCUGCAGGACCCUGGAGCGGUGCUGGCAGAGCCAAAGGCACAGCCAAGGGAUUCCAUAGCUGCCCCUGAGGGAAGCCCAGCACUGUCCCCUAUUUGGGCAGGAUGCUCUGAGGGCCAAGAGGAACCAAGAGGUCGCAGACCGGGAAUGGCGGCGGCAGGAGCUGGAGAAGGCACGGAAGAAGGCCGAGCUGGAGCAGCAGCUGAAGCAGGAUCAGCUGGAGCAGGUGGCCCAGAAGGAGCAGUACCUGGCCAUGCAGGUGCAGCAAGACCGCCAGGAAUUCCAGAGGGUGCUCAGGGCCCAUCAGGAGCAGCUGGAGCUGGAGAAGCUGGAGCAGGAGCAGAGGGCCGGCCUGCAGCAUGUCCUGGCCAGCGAGCUCCAGUGGCAGAUCCAGGAGCUCUGGCAGCAGUGGGAGCAAGUUCUGUCCAUUGA